CCUGCAGAACCUGAACCCAUCCUUAAUCUGCUCAGAUCUAACUCCAGACCUAUUCUGCACCAUGCUAAACCCAGCUCCCUCAUCUGCAUCGCCCUAAUUUGCAUAACCCAACCCAAAACCUAAUCCGCCUGUCCCCAGCUCCGCCUCGAAUCCGCACGACCCUAACCCUGACCUGCACCAUCCUAACCCGGGAGAAAAGGAUUAAAAACCGAGCAGCCAAAUCCUCCGCUUGGCAGCGCAGGCAGGGACCGGAAUAACAGCGGGACCUUCCUGUGCCAGCCCCGGAGCAGCUGGGGCCGCGCUCCCGAGCCGGCUCCCGGCCCGUGUGUGCACCAGGAGCGGCCGCGGCUGCAGCGGGGCCCCGGGGGAGUCGCCCCGGCCCGGCGAGGUGAUGGUGCCUGGGCUUUCUGCUCCAGCAGGUCUGAAGGCGGAUAUCCCUCCAGGCGUGGUGAGCCGAGGAUGAAGAAGGUGUCAAGGAAGAGCCAGAAUGAGAAGUACCGGCUGAAAUACAGCCGGCUGCGCCGGGCGGCCAAGGCCAUGGUGUUCGAGAAUGCAGCCCUGUGCGAUGAGAUUGCCCGGCUGGAGGAGAAAUUCCUGCGGGCGAGAGAGGAGCGUCGAUUCCUCUUCACCAAGCUGCUGCAGCUGCAGGCGCUGUCAACCGAGGAGGAGAGCCCGGCGGUGCCACUGGGGGGCAUCUCAGCAGGGUACGGCAUGGCACCGAUGCCUGGCCCAGAUGAGCCAGCGCCUGCGGGGAAGCGGCCCAAGAAGGGCAAGGAGAAUGGGCGUGCGGCCAAGCGACGGGCAGCACCAGACAGGGGGGUGCGGCGGCUGGUGCAGCCAGUGCCGCUGGACCCUUCGGGCCGGCCUGUCUUCCCCAUCGCGCUGAGUGGGCUGACGGUCUACAGCCUGGGUGAGAUCGUGGCCGACCGGCCAGGCUUCCACGACGAGGGAGCCAUCUACCCAGUGGGCUUCUGCAGCACACGGGUCUACGCCAGCAUGCGGCGCCCUGACCAGCGCUGCCUCUACACCUGCCAGAUCAAAGAUGGCGGCGUGGGCCCCCGCUUUGAGAUCGUGCCUGAGGAUGAGCCGGGCAGUGCUCUGGCGGGCACCACGGCCGACACCUGCCAUGCCCAGCUGCUGGCGGCCAUCAGUGCUGCCCGGGGGCGGCCUUACCCUGAGCUGGAGGCAGCCGGGGCUGAUUUCUUCGGCUUCUCGCACCCAGCCGUGCACAACCUGAUUCAGAGCUGCCCCGGGGCCCGCAAGUGCGCGGCCUACCGCUGGGUGCGCUUCGAGGUGUGUCGUCCCGGGGAUGGGCAGGUGCCCCAGGGGCUGCCCGACAACUGCGCCGCCACCGACUUCCAGUCCUUCCGCCGCCGCGCCCAGGAGGAGGAGGAACGGGACCGCGGAGGGGGCGGAGCUGGGGGGCGUGCACUGGGGCUGACCCCUGCCCAGGCCUUCACUUCCCCCUGCUCCUAUGAGGAGGUGUUCCUGAGCCGCCCUCUCGAGUCCCCCAGCCAUGGCAGCCCCGAUGGCUCUGACGACUGAGCCCCUCUCUCCCCCUCAACCCUGGUGUGGCCUCUGUGGAGCCACCCCUCCUGGUACGGCCUGCACAGCUCUUCCCAUGGAGCCGUCCUUCCCCCAACCUAUACAGAGUUCCCAGCCCAGCAUGGCCCCCACAGCUCCUGCCACUGAGCCCCCUCCCCCCGUGUGGGCAUCACAUGCCCCUGGCAUGAUCCUCACGGCUCCUCCCACUGAGCUCUCCCUCUCCACCACAGCAUGACACUCCCCCGCCAGCUGUGCUGGCUCUGGUGCUCUCUGUGGGAACCUGUGCAGCUGACUCCAGGUGGGCUUGUCCCCACCCUGUGUGAACACUCUGCUCUCUAAUAAAGAUGGUGGUGGAAGCCACAUCCCUGGCUCUGUCUGCUCCCUUUUCUGGGUGUAGGAGGGAGGGGCAGCUGGAUGGGUGAGCUACCCCUGCCCUGUUCUUGUGGCUUAUCCAGUGUUAACAGUGGGAUCCGAAUCUGGAUCCCAACCCCUGUGCACUCAGCCAUGUGGGGUGUGAGCUUAAGAGCCACCCAAAGCUGGGCAGCGGGGUUUGGACAGAUGGGGCAGCCUAUCCCCUCCCCAGCGGCAUCCUGGGGCUGCCCACUCCCUCCAAACUAGACUCAGCCACUCCUAUCCAACCGAGGCACAAACAGGCCCUUCCUCCAUUGGAGUAGGGCUCAGACCCAUAUCUCACCCACAUCCACCAGAGUAAAUGUGCCACAGCGAUGUGCCAGCCAGACCCCUUCCCCUUCCCCCAGCGCUGGCUCCCUGCCUGUCUAUAACCCUGUGCCUUCCUGUUGUGCUGACACUGCUUGAUCUCCCAGGAGACACAAUGUCUCCCCCGCCCUGCAGUUCCC